UUCGUAAGAAAAACGCGUCAAAGUCAAGCUCCAACCUGAGAGAGCUGGUGGCGCUGGCUGGCUCCACGGCAAACCAAAUCAAACCACGACUACCGAACACUCUUUCGUCUUGGACUUGGGACCCACGCGCUAUACUUCGCUUCCAAGACCUAGCCUGUGCCGCGCUCCACCUUUCUCUCUCUUUUACCCUUGACGCUACAUAUAUAUAGAGUUGCUCUUACUCUCGACCCCCAAACUCAGAAGAGUCAGAACAUUCAUCGUCGAUUCACUCUGCAUAGCACAUGUCUCAGGGACCUCGCGUACCUAACUCCCUCCAUUACCCAUCUCCCUGUUUUCAGUGAGAAGGACGCCAACUCCAACUACUCUUAGUCCAGUAACCCUUCGCCCCGCCCAGCCCAGAAAAGAGACUACCGAAAUUGUUUGCCAACCUUCGUACCAUUACCGAAGAGAUGGGUCUCAAGGGUUUCGUCGAAGGCGGUAUUGCUUCCAUUGUCGCUGGCUGUUCCACUCACCCUCUGGAUCUGAUCAAAGUCCGCAUGCAACUACAGGGUGAGAAACUUCACGCUCCCAACCCACAGCCCGUCCAAAGUCUCCGCCCCGCAUUGGCUUUCCACCACCCCUCUGCCACUGUGCCCACCACCACCCUCCAUGUCCCACCACAGCUGACGCCGCCUCUUCGCCCGGGAGGACCCAUCUCCGUCGGUGUACGAAUUUUCCAGACCGAAGGCGUGGCUGCCUUGUUUUCCGGGGUCUCCGCCACCGUGCUCCGCCAAACACUCUAUUCCACCACCCGCAUGGGCCUCUACGACGUUCUCAAACACAAGUGGACCGACCCGGACUCGGAUCAAUUCCCAUUGCUGCGCAAAAUAUCAGCCGGUUUGAUUGCCGGUGCUGUCGGCGCAGCCGUCGGGAACCCAGCUGACGUUGCCAUGGUCCGAAUGCAAGCUGACGGGCGGCUCCCGGCGGCUCAACGGCGCAACUAUGCGAGCGUGGUCGAUGCGAUCACGCGCAUGUCGAAGCAGGAAGGCGUGGCAAGCCUAUGGCGCGGCUCGGCUCUUACCGUGAACCGUGCCAUGAUCGUGACGGCUUCGCAGCUGGCAUCGUACGACCAGUUCAAGGAGAUGAUCUUGGAGAAGCAAGUGAUGAACGACGGGUUAGGGACCCACGUGACGGCGAGUUUCGCAGCAGGUUUUGUAGCGGCGGUGGCGUCGAACCCGGUGGACGUGAUCAAAACUCGGGUAAUGAAUAUGAAGGUGGAGCCAGGGGCGGCCCCUCCUUACAGUGGGGCCGUGGACUGUGCUAUUAAAACGAUUAAGGUUGAGGGCCCCAUGGCUCUGUACAAGGGGUUUAUACCAACUGUAUGUAGGCAGGGACCGUUCACUGUGGUGCUGUUUGUGACACUUGAGCAAGUCAGGAAGAUACUCAAAGAGUUCUAAGAAUUGAAAGAUUUGUGGACCAAAAUACCGGCUUACAAAUUUUUUUUCAGUCAGUAUUAUUCUAAUAUUUUCGUAGUAGAGGAGUUGAGAUGAUCAUGAAAAUGAGUAUUUAUAUCCACCCAAAAAUUAAUCAAUGCACACCAUGUUCGCAUAAGAAAA